UGAAAAAUGACUGGUCGCGGAAAGGGAGGUAAAGGCCUGGGGAAAGGAGGAGCGAAACGCCAUCGUAAGGUUCUUCGUGAUAACAUCCAGGGAAUCACCAAGCCCGCUAUUCGCCGUUUGGCUCGUCGCGGUGGUGUCAAGCGUAUUUCUGGUUUGAUUUACGAAGAAACCCGUGGUGUUCUGAAGGUGUUCCUUGAAAAUGUCAUCCGUGACGCUGUUACCUACACAGAGCAUGCCAAAAGGAAGACUGUCACCGCCAUGGACGUUGUCUAUGCUCUGAAACGUCAAGGCCGUACUCUCUACGGAUUUGGCGGUUAAUCAUUUUA